AUGCCUGGUGGGGUAUUUUAUUUUGGAAAGUCAGUUAAGGGAAAGUUCGUUAGCAUUCUUCUUGCAAAGAGCGCUACCAUAGAUGAUACCUUUAAUACAAUAACAUUAGAUGAUGGCUCAAAUCCUUAUGAUAUAGCAGUGCCUUGCACUUCUGAUGUAACUUGCAUUGAUAGUGUAUGUCUUAAUAUGGGCUCAGAAAAUGUAUGCUUAUCAUCAAUGCAGUAUUGCGCUGUUUGUACAGCCACCGAGUGCACUACUUGUGAACCUGAUUCAGCUAGAGAUGAGGAUACUUUUUGCACAACUUGUAAGACUACUAAUGAAAUUAAAAAUGGGCACUGUAAUUUCUACAUAGGUUGCGCCAUAGCCAACAAUUGUGCUGAAUGCUCAGCAAAAAGCACUCAAUGCGAUGUAUGUGAGGCUGAAUACUUCCUUUAUGACGAUAGUGCUACUUCAACAUCUUGUCUUUGUAAGAUUUUAUUUAGCUUGUACUGACUCCUGCACUAGUUGUGAGCCAGGUCCUGAUUGCUAUACUUGUGCUACAACAAUAACUCAAACAGGAACUACUUGCCGAGUCGAUUCUAUUGGAUACCAGGUGAGCGCUGAUCUUCCGAAUAUCGUAUUUGACUUUGCUCAUCCUCUUUCAACUGGACUGUCGAAAAGUUCAUUUAAAGCUACUUCAAACUCAGGUGCAGAUAUCCCAACAACUGGAUGGACUAUAACUGGCUGCACAGCAAGCUUGAAACAAUGCAAAGUUAAUGCUCCUAAUGUUCAAGAAAGCGAUUUCCCAAUAACACUUGACGUUGAGUUUAUUCAAGCCUAG